GAAAAAGGGUUGACUGAAUGCUGUCAACUCUGUUUAUGCAUAUAAUGUAUACGUAUAUAUGUAUAUGUAUUUAAUUAGUUUUCAUGAAUUUGAGCACACUCUUGAUAAAAGAUAAAUAAUUACCUUUUCCAAAUGAACACUUCCAAAUUUUAUGAAUUUAUACACCCAACAUAGAGAACAAUAUUGUAAAAAGAAAAAGAAAAGAAAAAGUAGGCUAGGGGACCAACAUUUGUAGUAGCUUUUUGUUUGGAUUUGUUUGUCCAUGUUCUUUAUUUGGGGUGAAUGUAGGAACCAUGGGAACCAUUAGAAACUUUUUUUAAUAUUUUUGUAUUUUCUUGCUAAACAAAAUGGGGAAUGGGAAUAAUAUGGGAAGUGGUGGUGGUGAUGAUGAUUUCGGUGAACCAGCAUCGAUGUUCAUGAGGUCUAAUGUUGGGCUAGGAGUGAUGAACAUUGUACAACAAAAUACUCCACCAUCUUAUGAUUAUUACCACCCUCAAGAUUCUACUCAGUUUUCUUUGAAACCCAUUUCAGGGUCAGAAAAUGGGGGACUAAAUGUAGGUUCUGGGAAAGUAUUAUUCACAGAAACUCAGUGGCAAGAACUUGAAAGGCAGACUAUCAUCUACAAGUACAUUAUGGCUUCUAGACCUGUUCCUCAUCAUCUCCUUCUGCCUCUAUCCACUCAUUUCAACAGUGGAAUGGACAUGAGGUUUGCAAGUGGGUCGGAUCCGGAGCUGUGGCGGUGUAGGAGAACAGAUGGGAAAAAAUGGAGAUGUUCAAGAGAUGUGGCACCAGACCAAAAGUACUGUGAGCACCAUGUCCACAAGAGCAGACCUCGUUCAAGAAAGCCUGUGGAAAUUCAAUCCCAGAACACCAAUGUUACAACCAGUGCCCUCAAUAUCACUCCUACUAUAUAUGCAAAUACUCUUAGUGCCACUUCUUCAUAUCAACAUCCCAGGGGCACCGAAUGGCUUAUGAAGAGUGGCACUCUUCCUAUGUCUUCAUCUGCCAACCAACAACUUCAGCAGCAAUCAAUGGAUUCACAUUCACCUAGAGUAGGGUCAAAAAGGACUCACAUUUUUCGACAAGAUUCUGAGGGAAAUCUUCAAAAUGAUUCCCACAUCCACUACAAUAAUAGUAGUGUGGCUAGUGAUGCGUCAGUAGGUGCAAGGAGGCAGAGCUUCAUUGAUGCUUGGUCAAGAAGUGGAGGAGGUGACGAUUGUUCUCUUACUUUAUCAAUGCAAUGUAGUAGCGGGAUCGAUAAUGAUGAUGAUCAGAGUUAUGAAGGAGGUGUUGGAUUGUUGGAUUUGGAUAGAGGAGAUGGUUUGAAAUCACAUAACAUGUGGUUGAAUCAGGGGUCUUGGAUGAGUUCACCACCUGGUGGGCCAUUAGGUGAAGCCUUGGGCCUAGGGAUUGCUAGUUCGGCAAAAGGCACUAUGGACAUGCCAUCUCGUCACAGCCAUAGCGAUAAUGACGACAGCCAUGGACGUGAGCUUAGGUAAACUUGAACCUAGACUGUUUGAUUUGGAUCAGUGAAAAGGUCUCGUGUUUCUAGUUGAAAAAGAUUUCAGUUUGCCCACCUGUUUGUUUUGGCAUUGUUCAUUCAUGAUAAUGCUAAUGAAUUAUGUAAAAUGAAUGACAAUUGCAUGAACUAAAUGGAAAUACUCGGUAUAUUUAUUUCUUA